UAUAUAAAGGUGCGCCACGGCGGCUCCAGUCCAGAGUUCAGCAGCUCAGCGGAUCUUUACUCCAGUUUUUUUUUUUUUUUUUCAAAUAUCUUUUUCUUCAUUGAGCCCGCUAACACACACUGACUGCGACUUUAACUUUAACCCUGUUUCAUUUUUUUAAUCCUUCACGGAGACAUUUUCUGUCUCCUUUUGGACUCAUUUUGGAUUUUACGCAUUUUUUGACGUUUCUUUGGACCUCCGGAGCUUUCUACCCAGGACAGCUCCGUGCCGACACGCCAUGGCACGUUUGUUACUACCGUGUCUCUUGCUGUGUGUAUCAGCUCAGACGGCCCUCUCCUCCGGCUUCUUUGAGCUGAAGAUCGACUCCUUCAUCAGCUCCCGCGGUGUCUGUCGUAACCAGCCCCGGGACUGCCAGAUCUUUUUCCGAGUGUGCCUCAAACACUCGCAGGACGUUAUCAACCCGGAGCCGCCGUGCACGUACGGGACCGCGCUCACCGAGAUCUUCGGCGCCGACACCAAAUCCAUCUCAGAGAGCGCGCCCAUCAGGGUGCCCUUUCACUUCAAGUGGCCGGGAACUUUCUCUCUGAUCAUUGAGGCCUGGAAUGCGGAGUCUUCAGGACUGGAGUCUACAGGGAACCAGAACAACCUCAUCAGCCGGCUGGCGACCCGCCGCAAACUGACGGUGGGGGAGGAAUGGUCCCAGGACGUUCACUUUGGCAACCAGAGCGAGCUCCGCUACUCCUACCACGUCAUGUGUGAUGAGAACUACCACGGAGAGGCCUGCUCAGCAUACUGCCGGCCCAGAAACGACACCUGGGGACACUUCACCUGCGACGAUGACGGGAAGCGCCACUGUCUGGAGGGCUGGGAGGGAGAAUACUGCAUUGACCCCAUCUGUGCAGCGGGUUGCAGCACCGACCACGGCUCCUGCGACUCUCCCGGAGAGUGCGUGUGCCGGAUGGGCUGGCAGGGCGAGCGAUGCGACGAAUGCGCCCGACACCCGAACUGCCUCCACGGUACCUGCCAGCAGCCCGGACAGUGCAACUGCAAGGAGGGAUGGGGAGGCCUGUACUGUGACCAAGACCUGAACUACUGCACCAACCACAAGCCGUGCCAGAACAAAGCCACGUGCACCAACACCGGCCGGGGCAGCUACACCUGCGCGUGCCGACCCGGCUUCACCGGCAAAAACUGCGAGAUCGAAACCAACGAGUGCGACAGCAACCCCUGCAAGAACGGCGGCAGCUGCAAAGAUUCGGUGAACGACUACUCGUGUGCGUGUCCUCAGGGCUUCUACGGGAAGAACUGUGAGAUCAGUGCCAUGACGUGUGCCGACGGGCCGUGUUUUAACGGAGGAACCUGCGUGGAGAAUGCUGCCGGCGGCUACAGCUGCCGUUGCCCGCCCAGUUACACUGGCUCCAACUGCGAGAAGAGGAUCGACAGAUGCAGCAGCAACCCCUGCGCUAACGGCGCUCACUGUUUGGACCUCGGUAAUCGCGUCAUGUGUCGCUGCCAGGCGGGCUUCACCGGUUCUCGUUGCGAGACCAACAUCGACGACUGCGCCGGCAACCCCUGCAGCAACGCCGGCACCUGCGUCGACGGCAUCAACGACUUCACCUGCACGUGCACGCUCGGCUUCACCGGCAAGGACUGCUCCGUGCGCACCAGCCUCUGCGACCAGUUCCCUUGUGAGAACGGCGGCAAGUGUUACAUCCACUUCACCGGGCCCGUGUGCCAGUGCCCGCCUGGAUUUAUGGGUGCACGAUGUGAGUACUCGGUGGAGACGACCAAGCCGCCGGUGACGCUGCCUGUGACGCCGCAUGUGAGUGCCGGUUUCCCCGCGGCGCUGGCUGUCGCCUUCGCAUUCGGCCUGGUGACGCUGACUCUGCUGCUGUGCGUCGCCAUCUUCAUCCUGCGUCAGCUUCGGCGCGGCAGAGAGCUGACGGCCAUGUCCACGUCGGUGAAGAACGACCUGGAGACGGUGAACAACCGCAACGCCGUGAUCGGUUGCGGCGGACCCAAUAACGGAGGCUUACCCGGAGCACCGCUGGGCAGCCUGAGAGAGAAGGAAGCCUUCCUCCUCCCUGGAGGACAACUGAAAGUGUCCAACAAGGACGCAGCGCUGGUGGAGAAAGGCGGAGACGGCAUGGGCAUGUUUAAGAAUAAAAUGGCGGACUGUAACCUGGCGAAAGAGGAGCAGCACCUGUCCAAGAACAAGUUUGACCUUAUGAAGUGCGACUCGUCCAUCAUCGUCCCUCCUCUCAGUUUCGCAAAGGAUGGUCUUUAUCACCCGGUGUUCAUCAUCCCGGAGCACAUUGAGCAAUGUGUGUUUGCUACUGAGGUAUAACCUCCAGUUUUCAGGGGAACUUCUAAACGCUGAAGACCUGAAACUCACCCAGAGGAUCUAUUUCUACAUGCAUUAUUUUUAUUUAAUAUUUAUUACUGCUGCUCAACAUGGAGAUAGAAAAAAAAAAAAAGAAAGAAAGGACUUUUUAAAAGAUUUUCUUUUCUGCUUCAAUAUCCUUUUUUUUUUUUUGAUGAUUCUGAGAAGAAAGAAAAAGAGCAGCAGAGGAGAGAAAAGAGAAAAGACUGAAUGUCCGGCGUCAUUUGCACUAUUUUUCUUUUUCUUUUUUUUUUAUACCUUUUUAAAUCUUAAUAUAAUUUUUCUGUCUGUAUUUACUGAAUUUCCUUUUGGAUCAAACAUGAAAGAGAGGACAUUAAGAGUUGGAGCCGUCCAGCCAACCUAGGAAAAAAGAAGACUGGUGUCCUUGCAACGCUCCCUAGCAACGCUCCCCUUAACCUGCGUAUCGUUAAUAAAGUUGUGUUUUUUUAAUCGUAUAUGAACUCUUGGACGAUAUAUCCAGAAUUCGUAGGAGGAAUCGGGUCCCGACAUCGCUGCGCUUUCACACAUGUAACACACAGCAACAGGAGAUCGGAUGUGUCUUCACCUACUGGGAAUACUCUGAUUGGUCGGAGCCUGAGUAGAACCUGCAGGACUCGACCCAAAAAAGGACGCUGCAGAAAAACCAUCGAUAAAUAACCGAAUCUCAUCAUCGUCCCUUCUUCUUUCCCUUCUUCUUCUUCUUCUUCUUCUUCUUCUCCCACCAUCGGAUGUUUCCUGUUCUUCCACCGGUCACAUGAUAGAAACAUCGUCAACACGCCGGCUAACUCGCUGUGAAUCCUGCAGACAGCGACCGUCAGUCCGUUGGGUAACGUUUAGAUGAGCUUAAGGUUGCGGUUGCAUGUGUGAAAGAUGUCAACAAAGGACCAUUUUUAUUUUAGGUCAAACUACCUGAACUUUUUCCUGCAAUUUUAUGAGUGGCUUUUAAAAAAAUGUAUCAUCACAUUGUGGCCUGUUAUUAUAAUAAUAAGAAUAAGAAGAAGAGCAUCCGCCUUAACAAUCAAACCGUCCAAUCCUACAAACUCUGAAGUGCCUCUUCUUGUAAUUUAAAAGAACAAACUGCGACUUCAAAGGACUUAAAGCCACAAUCAGGACAAUCUGUGUCCAGCAUAGAGCCAGUUAAAGGGUUUUUAUAUUAUUAAUUAUAUGUGCAUCUUCAUAAUCAAAAUCCUGUAUUUACGAAGCCCUGUAAGCUUUUUUUUAAAAAAACCCGUCAUCAUGUGUACUGUGACAGUUUUCUUGGUCUUCCCAAUCUGAACGAUGCUUCAGGUGAAUCAGGGAGAGUUCGUACCUCUACGAACUAAUCAGCUGUUUUUCUUCCAUCUUCCAUCUUCACCUCAUGAACAAUAAUCUACAUUUUGACCGUUUUUGUUGGGUUUGUUUUGGUUUGUGACUCCACCUGUUCCCCCUUCUACCCUUCCACUCUUUUAGGGGCUUUUUAUAGAUGUUUAUUUUUCUAUGACACAAAGCAAACUUGGACUUUAUCAACCACGCAGCCAGUAAACAGGAAGCAAUGAAAACACUCUGAUGACUCCACCGCAGCGCCGGGUGUUUUCUUCUUCUAUAUAUAUUUAAAAGAAACUUUUUUUAACAGUGAAGGACUCCAAAGAGCUAUUUUUAAAUUUUUUACCUAAUCCAUUUGAUACCAAAAAUAUGUGUUGUUCCUGUGUAGUUCUGUCUGUGUUUACUAUCUUUGUUAAUUUAAAGAAAAACAAUGCAAUGUGUACAUAUCCUCUCCAGAAGAUAGUUGUUGUUGUUGUUGUUGUUUGUUUUUUUUCCUAUUUAAUUUUUGCCCUUUUGUAAAUAAUUUUGUAUUUAUAAAAAAAAAAAGAAGAGAGAAUUGUAUAUAUAUCUAUGUUAAUGUGCCUAAUGUCUCGGUUCAGAAUCAAGAAAUAUAUUUUUUCAUAAAUAAAUUAGAAAAAUAA